AUGUGGCCCAUCCAUUUCAUAGUCUGGGCCCUAGUACCCGCAUCGCUUCCAGUGCAUGCCUUCUCUGCGAAUGGCAGCUCAUCGUCGAUUCCUGCCAUCAAGAAUGUCUCGCGGCGGAGUGACGAACUGCAGCCUGAUCUCGCAAGGGCAGUCAUCCGCGGUGUCAAGAAGAUGUCCGAGGAUGAGGGGGAGAAGUUUUUCUUUGAUUAUUGGAACUUUGACGGGUCAGACGAGGUUAGUCUGACAACAACGAACGAGACGAAUAGCUCUCAAAGCUACGACGCCCCCGAGGCACCGGAGAUCGAGCCUCGGGCUUAUCCAUUUUGGCGGUCGGUGCCGACUAACAUGGGCUUCAGCCCACUGUUUCGGCGAGAUUUCAAAUGCCCGACUGGCACAUUCGCUUGUACGGCGAUUGACCGGCCGAACAGCUGUUGUGGCGCUGGAGAUACUUGUAUGCUGGUCCAGGACACUGGGUUGGGUGACCUCGACCUACCAGCCUCUCCACCGCCACCACCUCCCAGAGCAGCCAGACAGGCUCAAUCUGUCCCACCGGGUUCUAUGCUUGUUCUGCUUAUUAUGAAGGAGGCUGUUGUCGCACAGGACGAGACUGUGACACUACGUCCUGCCCUGCGAAGGCAUCGUCGACCAUCACAUCGGACGGUCGUACCAUCGUGGUGCCAGCCCAAACGACCACCGCCGCCAGCGGAACGGGACGAUGUGCCAGUGGCUGGUUUAGCUGUGCAGACACUGUGGGUGGAGGAUGCUGUCCAACUGGGUAUGCAUGUGGUUCCAGCUGUACCGCUGUAG